AUGGGUUUUUAUUACAACGAAGGUUUUUACUACAACGAAGCCGAGGGUUUCUACUACGAUACGAAAUUUCUCUACGACCAGCGAGAUGGUUUCUAUUACGACCAGCAGCAGGGAUUUUACUACGACCAGAAGCGAUCCCAGUUCCUCGCCGACAAGGUAGACAAAUUCAACAAGGACAACAAGGACUACUGGACCACUGGCGACGGACAAGCCCGCAUGCUCGAGGUCUUCGACAAGCUCAAAAUCGAAGUCGACGAAUUCAUCAACAAGGAGAACCCAAAGCCCGGUAAAACCGCUGGAGCCGCGAUCCAAAACGUCGUUACUACCCAGCUCGUCAAAGAGGUCGUCCGAGGAUUCUGCCUCAACACCGAUCCAGCUAAAUUCCUCGAAACUGCGGGAGAGGAGGCAAAGGACAAGCUUUCCCUUCUCCUCGGCAAAGAAUGCCAGCGAGUUCUUUCCGACCCCGUCGACCACCGAGAAAAAUGGCGAGUCGAGGGAUCCAAGGCCAAGGAAGCAAUGGACAACGUUUCCAAGGAGCUGAUCCCCUUCAUCGUCACCUGGCUCCAGAAGGCCGAAUUCAAGACCGCCAACGCUGGACAGGAAGAAACCCUCCAGGCUCUCGUCGCUCGACGAUGCGUCAAGGAAGCCGCUUACGCUUUUGCCAAGCAGACCAAGCCCGAUAUCGCUGAUGAGCCAAAACAAGCUCUUGCUCAAUCGAAGAACAUGGCUUCUGCUAUUGCCAAGAAAGCUAUUGCUGCUCUUGAGUAA